UGAUCUUAUUAGUCCUCCCCCGAAACGUUCAAUGCCUCCCUUUGAAGCCUUUAAGAGCUUUACUUCUUCUUCUUUUACUUCUAAUUCCAUGGGUCCUCUCCGCUUGUCAUUUGCGGGUGGUGGCUUGGAGGAGACUAUCAAUGACCUUGAGCCUAUGAGACGUGUAGGAUUUCAUUGUACUGAAUAUCCUACUCUUCAGAGUAUCACUGCUGAUGAAUGGAACGAUUUAAGGCGUGCCAGUGCUUUUAAUCUGGGCUAUGAUGAUUCCACUCGUACCUUUAGCUUUCCUCCAAGUUGAGCGGGUUCCACCCUUCUUCCUCACCCUACCCAUGAGUUUCGUAGGGGUUUGGGUAAUGAUUAUUAUGUGUAUCCUCCAUCUCUCAAACUUAAAGAUGAUUUGAGAGAUCCCGAGGUAGCGAGACAUUAUGCAGACUCAGUGGUUCCCCCGCUUUUUGCUGCAGAGACUAGCUUUCUUUCCCUCACCCAUUUGGCUAGGUUGUAUGAUACUCAUGCCGCACUUUCUUUUAAUGCUGGGGCUGUCAUGAGGGACAAUUUUUUGAGGGAGCUUGUCAUGCUGAAGAAGAAGAUUGAUGGAUUGGAGUCUGAGAUGAGUAUGGUAUAUAGUAACCUUUCUGAUUCUUUGCUUGAAGUGGAGAAAGAAAAAGAUGACAAACGGUGCUUGGAGCAAGAGGUUCAACGACUUAGAUCCAAGUUGGGAGUUAGUGAGGCUAGGGUUGGCGAGCUCAAAAAAGAGCUUGAGGGAGAGAGAACUAGGGGAAAAGAGUUGGAGACUCAUGCUGAAAGGAGUACCCAGCUAAGGAGGGAUACCCUUUUAGCCUUUCCUCGUUUGUUUAGGCUUGUUAUGGAUCAUCCCGAUGUGAUGGGUGUACUUUGUGGGUUUUAUCGGGCUGCAGUUGCUGUUGGAAGGCACUCAGCUACCUUAGAUCUUGUUGGAGUUCAUCCAUCCAUUGACCCCACUUCUCUUCCUUUCUAUGACGAGUCUAUCCCUGACAAGGCUCGAAAAGCUAAAGCUGCUUUUGUGGAAAAGUCUUUCCCUAUAUUGGAUGCCAUUGUUAAGGAUCCAGGUGCCUCAUUGAAGGACAUAUAGUCUCUUCUUACAGCCCGGCCAGAGGUACCUCCAGAGAUUUAGUUUCAUUUUACUUUUCCUUAUAUUUUUGAUUUUAUAACUUGUGCUCAUGUAUGAACUUUUAUGACUUUCAGCUAGCUUGUCAUUUAUGUUUGGCUUGUAGCCUAUGGUAUGUGAACUUAUUGCUUAUGUAAUUUGAAUUAAUCGGUUUGCUUGGUUAACCUUGUGUAUGUAAUGUAUUACUCGCGAGUUUCAUUUCCCAAUGAGAAAUGCUUAUCUAUUUCA